CCAACACUUCAUGCUAAAACGGUUUGUAAACAUUGGUUAAGAGGUUUAUGUAAAAAAGGAAACAGUUGUGAAUUCUUACAUGAAUAUAAUCUAAGAACUAUGCCGGAAUGUUGGUUUUUCGGUAAGUAUGGGUUUUGUAGUAAUGGGGAUGAAUGUAUGUAUUUACAUGUAGAUGAACGGAUGAGAGUUUUAGAAUGUAUGGAUUACAGAAGAGGCUUUUGUUCAAAAGGUCCAACUUGUUCACAAAAACAUAUUCGUAGACCGAUUUGUCAAUCUUAUAUCAUUGGGUUUUGUCCAUCAGGUAAAAAUUGUAAUCAAGGAGGUCAUCCGAAAUUC